AUGAGGGCCGCCCUGGCCCUCGCCCUGCUCGCCUCCGCGCGGGCGGACGACGCGUGCCGGGGGAGGUACACCGACGAGAGGAGCUGCGGCUCCGCCUCCGCGUGCACCUGGUGCAGGGCCGCGCUGUGGCACGAGGAUGAAGAGGUCCCGAGCGCCUGCUACCAGAAGGAGGACGCCAAGCGCCUGCCCUCUGGCGUCUUCACCUGCGGCAGCGGCCGCCAGCGCAGGAGCGAGCUCCUCGGCCGCGAGGUGCAGGAGGGCAUGGGCAUCGUUUGGCGCGGCAACUCCUCCGACUCCCACGAGCUGUUGUCCGACGUCGAGUACCCCGAGGAGUUCAGCUGGUGCAACAAGGACGGCAGGAGCUUCUGCACCAUGAGCCUCAACCAGCACAUUCCCCAGUACUGCGGCUCCUGCUGGGCUCACGGAGCGGUGUCUGCGCUGGCUGACAGGGUGAAGAUCGCCCGCAACGCAGAGGGAGUCGACAUCAACCCGUCCGUGCAGCACAUCCUUAAUUGUGGCGGCGUUGGCAGCUGCCACGGUGGAUCAAUCGACGGAGUGUACCAGUGGUUGAAACAGAUCUCCGAUAGCGGCAGUGGAUUGAGCUACGCGACUGCCCAGCCCUACAUGGCGUGCUCCGCGGAGUCCACGGAGGGGUUCUGCAAGCACGGCGACUGGACGUGCAAGCCCGAGAACAUUGCCCGCACCUGCGGGAGUUUCGACCAGGAGGGCGGCGACUGUUCAGGCCUCAGCUCGUACCCGAACGUCACCAUCUCCGACUACGGCUCCAUCAGCGGCAAGGACGCCAUGAUGAAGGAGAUCUACACGCGCGGUCCCAUUGCUUGCGGCAUCGACGCGAACCCGCUGCUGAACUACGAAAGUGGCGUGAUCACAAACUCGAGUUGGUCUAUCGACCAUGUUGUAUCAGUCGUCGGCUGGGGCACGGACCAGGAGAACGGAGGCUACUGGAUCGUGCGCAAUUCGUGGGGUGAGUAUUGGGGCGAGAUGGGCUACGUGCGCGUCGGCUUCGGGUCCCUCAACGUGGAGGGCCAGUGCUCCUGGGCGGUCGUCAAGGACUUCACCGCGCCCGAGAAGGCGAACCAAGUCCAUUGCCACGAGGGCGGCGACAAUUGCAAGGCACCGAAGGCCCCUCAGCUCGCCCUGGACGACUUUGUGGUUUGA